AUGAUAGGCAAACGUAGAGAAACAAACAGUAGAAAGAUACGUUUUUUUUUUAUUGCAGGACCGCGGGAGGUGGACGCGAUUGUGACAGUGGUGGUUUUUUCUCUUUUUCGAAUUUCUUUCUUCUUUCUUUUUUUUCCCCCUGAUUGUUAUUCUGUUUUCUUUUUCCCUUUUAUCUCUUACCUUCUCUGUUUCCGCUUUUCUUCAUUUCCCUUUUUUAUCGCUCUCCUUUCUUCUCUCGCUCUUCUCUUGCUCUUCUUUCUUCCCUCGCUCUUCUUUCUUUUCUUGCUCUUCUUUCUUUUGCUCUUCUUUUUUCUCUCGCUCUUCUCUCGCUCUUCCCUCGCCCCUCGCUCUUCGCUCUUCCCUCGCUCUUCUUUCUUCUCUUGCUCUUCUUUCUCUCGCUCUUCUCUCUUCUCUCGCUCUUCGCUCUUCCCUCGCUCUUCUUUCUUCUCUUGCUCUUCCCUCGCUCUUCUUUCUUCCCUCGCUCUUCUCUCUUCCCUCGCUCUUCUUUCUUCUCUCGCUCUUCCCUCGCUCUUCUUUCUUCCUCUUUCUUCUCUCUUCCCCUCGCUCUUCUUUUCUUCUCUCGCUCUUCCCUCGCUCUUCUUUCUUCCUCGCUCUUCCUCGCUCUUCUUUCUUCCCUCGCUCUUCUCUCUUUCUUCUUCUUUCUUCCCUCGCCUCUCGCUCUUCCCUCGCCCCUCUUUCUUCCCUCGCUCUUCUUUCUUCCCUCGCUCUUCCCUCGCUCUUCUUUCUUCCCUCGCUCUUCUUUCUUCCCUCGCUUUCCUUUCCUCUCUCGCCUCUCUUCUCUCGCUUCUUUUCUCUUUUCUUCUCUUUUCCCCAUUUUUUGUACUAUUCAUUUCUUUACUUCCCUUUUCUCCUUAUUCAUUUUACUCAACUUUUAUCUUGUUUCUCUAUUUUUUUCUUUUUCCUUUUUGUUUCUCUUUUUCAUCUUUUCAUGUUCUUUUCAUUUUUCAUUCUGCUUUUACCCGAUUUCUUUUAAAAAAGAAAACUUUUACCUCAUCUUUUUCAUUCUUUCUUUCCUUUUUCUUUUCAUCUUUUUCAUUCUUUUCAUCUUGUUUAUCCUUUCUUUCUUUUCAUCUUGUUUAUCCUUUCUUUCUUUUCAUCUUGUUUAUCCUUUCUUUCUUUUCAUCUUGUUUAUCCUUUCUUUCUUUCCAUCUUGUUUAUCCUUUCUUUCUUUCCAUCUUGUUUAUCCUUUCUUUCUUUCCAUCUUUUUCUUUCUCUUCUCAAUCUCUCAAUUUCUUUCAUUUGUCCCCCUUUCUUAUCUUUUUUUUCUCACUUUCACUUUCUUCCGGUUUUACCAAUAUCCCCCCCUCUCUCUCUCUCUAUACCGUAACUUAUUCUUCCCGGCAAAAUUUAUGUCCGUCUCAAUUAUUUUCCCCGCUCCCCCAAUCAGAACUUUUCGCCUCCCCCUCCUCCCAGCCUUGCUCUCGCACCAAGAAGAGUUUCAUCUAA